AUGGCCGAGGCUCCUUCUGCGCCGAAGAGAAAGGCACUCGAUGCACUCGAUCCUACUUCCGAGGAUGUGCAACGCAUGCGCGAGCAAAAGGACACAGACCACGAGAUUUAUCGCGAUGCCGUUCGCCGACCAGAGUUCAGGCGAAUUCUGGACGGCGCUGCCAGACUUUUCAAAGAAGGAAACUUCCUUUGGAAGAACGACGAGAAAGAACUACGGUAUUGGUGUCACGGGACGGCAAUGCUAAUUACUAGCUGGUCUUUGGGGUAUCUAAUUGAUGAUAUUGAUUCGCUAUCUGAGGAUCAAGUUGAGGCCAUCAUCGCGAGUGUGGAUGGUUUCUGCCUCCAGACAGACUGGGCAACCUUGCGUUCCAUGCUGCCUCCCGCCGCUAGAGAGGACUCAGGGCAUAUUUUUGGCGAGCUACUUCUUCACCUGACGAUCAAAGAGCGUCUGUUCGAGGACCCCUUCUGGUACCUUGACGGCAAGCGGGGGCCCAGUGACCCCGGCGAGGACCCGACCUUCGCGGAGAGGCUCCACUACCUCUUUGAGCGUUUCCACCAAACCAACCCGGAGUACGCUGUACUGUGGAGGAUGCAAACUCACCGGCUAGCGAACUCGACCGACCAUCUCUUGGCCCGCGACCUCACGUUUGGAAAAACCAACGAGGAGAGGCACGCGGCUGCCGUCCCCGUCCUCGCUGACACCCUGCUGGCCAGCAAGCCCUUCUGUUGGCUUCUAAAGGAGGGCCUCAACUCGACCGAAACGGAGGCCCGACGGGCCGAGCUCAUAGGUAUCUUCCGCAGUGCCGUGCGAGCAAUGAUUUACUGCGAGACUGGGUCGAAUGGCAUACCGGUAUUCCAGGGCAUUCGGGAGCUGGGUGGCGUUUUCCGCGGCCCGUCGGAAUUCGUUUCCCUGAAUGAGUACACCUAUCGAGCUAGGCGCGAGUUGUACACAAAUCAGAGUAUUAUUGUUGUUCCGCAGCCGGGCAUUGUUUACGUGGAUUCUAUGCAGGGGAGUUACGUCGAUAUGAAGCAAGAAACGGUUCAAGUAAUGGGGGCCAAGGUAAUUCCACGGUACGUGGAAGAGACGACUCAGGGUACCGCAGACGAGGAGAUGGAUGUGGUCAAGGAUGAGGAUGAGAACAACAACAAGGAAGCGGAGUGUGAGAUGGAGGUGGUCUCAGACGAGGAUAAAGACGAGGACGAGGACGAGGGCGAGGAUGAGGAGGAUACUGAGGUGGAUGGCGACAAGGCCGAGGAUGACAAGGACUGGGUGGAAGGCGAGAGUGAUUGUUAG